AUGUCUCCUACAUUGUUAGAUAUCGAGAAGUUUAUCGGGCAACUCAGCUUGGACGAGAAGGUCUACCUUCUUUCCGGCCUGGGAAGAUGUCGAACGGCCGGCUUAGAGCACCGCGGAAUCCCGUCAUUGAAGCCUAAAGCCGCUUGCCUGCCAUGUGGAACUGGAAUGGGUGCCACGUUCAACACGGAGCUGAUCCACCGCGUCGGCUGCCUUUUGGCGGAGGAAGCAAAAGCCCAUAAUGUCCAGAUUUUACUCGGCCCGACAGUCUGCCUCCAGCGUUCCCCUCUGAUUGGCCGUGGGUUUGAAGCCCAAUACAAAGUGGCAGCAUCGCCGCUCACUCACGACCAGUCGGAUAAUUCCAUCGAAGACAACAUUGCCAUGACGGAGCGAACGUUGCGAGAAAUGCACACGAUGCCCUUCCAGGUGGCGAUGCGAGACUUGAGCCCGUGGCUUGUGAUGACAGCAUACCACAAGAUCAACGGGGUUCAUUGCGCCGAGGAUCCAAAGCUGAUCCGGGAGAUUCUCAGGGAAGAUUGGAACUACGACGGCUUAGUCGUGUGCGACUGGUGGGGUAUGUAUAGUACCUCCGAAGCCAUCAAUGCUGGCUUGGAUCUCCAGAUGCCCGUCACCAUGGAAAGACUCGAUGCUUCUGUACGGCGAGUUCUCCAGCUCAUAAACCGAAUUAUUGCCGGCCAAGCCGAGCCCAUCGAGGAUGCUAACACAGAGCAUGCUCGUUCGCUCAUCCGCGAACUGACUGCCGAGUCCGUCGUGCUGCUGAAGAACGAGAAUAAUGUUCUUCCAUUGACCAAGGGCACCAAAACGCGCUAUGGGCUGAUCGGUGAUCACUGGAAGAACCCAGCUGUGGCUGGAGGUGGCAGUUCUGAAGUAGAGCCGUACUAUGUCUCCACACCAUACGACGCCUUUGUUGAGGCUGUGGGAGAAGAAAAUACAUCCUGUGAACUGGGCUGUUACUCACACAAAUUCGCACCACUAUUAUCGGGCCUGAUUACGCAGCCGGAUUCCGACGCUCCUGGCAUGCUCCUCGAAUUCUUCGACAAGGACCCUACUGCCUCAGAUGCCAAACUGGUCUAUACCACGACAACAGAGAAGACGACCAUGAAUUUCGGGGAUAGCUUACCGGAAGGCACGAUGCCCGAGGUAUACUUCCUCCGGAUGCGCACCAGGUUCAAGGCGCCCAAGUCUAUGAAGUACCGAUUCGGUAUGUCUGUCGCCGGAAAGGCAAGAUUGUUCAUCGACGGCAAGGAGAUGAUAGACUUGUUCACGAGUCAUCCCGAAAAGACGGACAAUACUCCCUGUUUCAAUGGCUUCACCAUGGAGAGGUUUGCAGAGAUAGAUGUUCGGGAUGGCGCCACGUACAACCUAGAAAUCCACUUGAUCAAUGAGGACCUUGGCUACAGAGUCGGCGCCGCCCCUGCUGGCGGCGUCCGGCUCGGCGGCUUCGAGAUUGUUGAUGAAGAUGAAACGAUAGAAAAGGCCGUGGACCUCGCCCGUCGUGUGGAUGUUCCGAUUGUUAUGAUGGGACUCAGCCCCGACUACGAGUACGAAGCAAUUGAUCGUAAAUCGCUUGCCCUGCCAGGCCGCGUCGAUGAGCUGAUUGAGCGUGUUGCGAAGGCAAAUCCCAAUGCUAUCAUCAUCACAGAGGCGGGAACAGCAAUCGCCAUGCCCUGGGUGGAUAAAGUAAAGACACUGGUCCAUUCAUGGCUCGGGGGCCAGGGAACCGGUCACGGCAUUGUAGACGUGCUGUUUGGAGAGGUCAAUCCCUCUGGUAGGCUUCCGCUGACCUUCCCACGCGCUCUGGAAGACACACCUGCCUUCCUGAACUUUGCAAAGUCGGAUGCGGAUAUUGUCUACGGCGAGGGCGUCUUCGUAGGAUACCGGUGGUACGAGAAGCUAAAUCGGUCGCCGCUUUUCUACUUCGGCCAUGGACUCUCCUACACCAAGUUCCAAUAUAGCAACUUGGUUGUGCCGCCAGUGUUCAAAUCAGAUCCAGAGCACAUCAUGUCAAUUGCUGUGGACCUUGCAAACAUUGGGGAGAGGUCGGGUGCCGAGGUCAUCCAGGUGUAUGUCAGGGAUUUGGAGAGCUCCGUCCAGAGACCUAAAAAGGAGCUCAAAGCGUUCAAAAAGGUCCAUCUCCAAGCUGGUCAGAGCCAGACUGUCAAUAUCUCUCUUGACAAGUACGCUCUCUCGUUCUGGUGCCAGAGAGCCCACAAGUGGGUUGCUGAGGCAGGUAAAUUUGAGGUGAUUAUCUCCACCAGCGCCAAUCCCAAGGACGAAGUGUUGCGACGCACGUUUGAGCUCCAGGAGACCUUGUCAUGGACCGGGGUUUAG